AUGUCGGACACGAACGCCAAUUUUGGCGCGACUCAUGACGAGCCUAGCGUUGUGAUGGACAUCGACCCGCCUGAUAUGACGACUCAUCAACCUGAAGCCAUUCAUAACCAAUCCGAGGGAUUCGCGCCCAACGUGGCUGACAACGUGAUGGGCACACCACUUCCCGAUGUUGCAGCAAACGCCUCAACGACCGAAGUCCAUGGCUUGGUACCAGUGUCGGACGAGACAACAGAGCCCGUAGUGUUGCCUCAGGACACGGAGUGGAUAGAGGACCAUGCAUAUCAAGUGGUCACAGUACGAGCGAAGCACGACCCCUGCCUCGACAAAGCCAAAGCCUUAGCCGUCGUCCUCCUCGAGCACUACUACCCCGCGGACCAAGGCUACCGCGUUGAGCACGCCGCAUUCCCUCUCGUCCAGUUCGGUGGCUGGCGCACCUGGAUCUAUCCUGAAGACUGCUACACCGCGACCAAGCGUAAGUCCGACAACAUGAAAGCAGGUGUCAAGAAGAACGCUGAACCCGUCUAUGAGACAUGGGCCGGCAAUAUCCUCGCAGACAAAUUCCACCGCAUCUUCCCUGAGCACAUCGCCGGCUACGUGGCGCUGAACGAGGUGCAGUAUGAGGACGGCUCGACGGGUUGGGCACAACACACGUAUCUCGCCAUCAUGAUGGACGACUUGGACACCGGCUACGCAAUACUCAUGUUGGGUCCACGCUUCGAGUUCUACGAUUACCAUGCGAAGCCGGCGUGGGAGGAAAAGCCGUGGGAGCACUACCUUGGUCCGAACCCCGAGGAUGCAGACUACGACCCUGACCUCGCCGCCGAGGACGAGACAUCGUUCUUCUCGCACCUUGGUGGCGGCGACGUUGACAGCGACGCAUGGAUCGUGGAUAUCCGCUCGAAGAAGCCUGCGGAGACGCUCGCGGCUGUCGAUAAGCUCUUCAAGAGCGUGGUCGGGCGCGACGUUGAGUACCGCGACGGCUACGCGCUGCCGGGGCCCAAGAUCUAG